GCGGCGGCAGGAGGAGGCGGGCAGAGGGAGCCCGGCACCGGCAGGAGGAGGAGGCGGAGGAUGGCGGUGAGCGACCCUCUUCCCUCUCCCGUCUGUGGCGGCCGCUGACAGGGGCGCCCGAACCUCCCCGGCGGGCAGCUCUAGCCGGAGGCGGUGCGGACACGCGUAGAUGCGUCUCGGUUCCCGAGUUACUUGUACUUUUAGCUGAAUUUCUGAAUGAAGCUACUGCUACCAGGUCCAUCGGUGUCAGCUUGAACUAGGAAGACGCAGCCUGGAACAGAGAGAACUGAGCAGCCUCAAUUUAUUUUCUAAAAAAUAUAAUUACCCUACUACAGCAAGAUCUAGUAAUACAAUGUCAACUGGAAGGCUGCGAAUGAAAAAAAAGGCAUGUUCUUCAGACCAGUCUCCAGACAACCUUCCUCUGAGGAGUUCUGGAAGACAGGUGAAGAAGAAAGCGGCUGAAGCAGCAGAUGAUGAUGAUGAAGCGUCAGAAAAGAAAUAUAGAAAGUGUGAAAAAGCUGGAUGCACUGCAACGUGUCCCGUUUGCUUUGCCAGUGCAGCUGAAAGAUGUGCUAAAAAUGGUUAUACGUCUAGAUGGUAUCAUCUUUCCUGUGGGGAACACUUCUGCAAUGAAUGUUUUGACCACUAUUAUCGAAGCCAUAAAGAUGGUUAUGAGAAAUAUACUGCCUGGAAAAGGAUUUGGACGAGUAAUGGUAAAAGUGAGCCCAGUCCAAAAGCCUUCAUGGCUGAUCAACAGCUUCCUUACUGGGUGCAGUGCACAAAGCCAGACUGUGGUAAGUGGCGUCAGCUGACAAAGGAAAUCCAGCUGACACCACAAAUAGCAAAAACCUACAGAUGUGGUAUGAAACUAAACAAUUCCACCAAGACUGAGGGUUCAGACCAGUGCUCGAUGCCUGAGGAUUUGAGAGUGGCUGAAGUUUCAGACCAUUGGUGGUACUCCAUGCUCAUACUCCCUCCUUUGCUGAAAGACAGUGUGGCAGCUCCCUUUCUAGCUGCAUAUUAUCCAGACUGCGUGGGCAUGAGUCCAUCCUGUACCAGCACUAAUCGGUUACCUGGUGAAUCCAACCUUGUGAAGUUAGAGCACUUAAAGAGCGUGCCUAAUUUGACUGUUGCAGGCAUGAACAAGUAUUUCCAGCCUUUUUACCAGCCCAAUGAAUGUGGGAAAGCACUUUGUGUGAGGCCAGAUGUCAUGGAACUGGAUGAGCUCUACGAGUUCCCAGAAUACUCACGAGACCCUACCAUGUACUUGGCUUUAAGAAACCUGAUUUUGGCUCUGUGGUAUACAAACUGCAAGGAGGCUCUUACCCCUCAAAAAUGCAUCCAUCAUAUUAUUGUUCGGGGGCUUGUGCGUAUUCGCUGUGUGCAGGAAAUGGAGAGGAUACUUUAUUUUAUGACAAGGAAAGGGCUAAUUAAUACAGGGAUUUUAUCAGUCAGUCCUGACCAGUAUCUUCUUCCUAAAGAAUACCAUAAUAAAUCUGUCAUUAUUGUUGGCGCUGGUGCAGCAGGAUUAGGAGCAGCCCGACAACUGCACAACUUUGGAAUUAAGGUCAUUGUCUUGGAAGCUAAAGACAGAAUUGGUGGCCGAGUGUGGGAUGACAAGACGUUCAAUGGAGUCACUGUUGGAAGAGGUGCACAAAUCGUCAAUGGAUGUGUCAACAACCCAGUGGCACUAAUGUGUGAGCAACUUGGCAUUAAAAUGCACAAACUAGGGGAGAAAUGUGACUUGAUCCAGGAAGGUGGAAGGAUAACGGAUCCCACUAUUGAUAAACGUAUGGACUUUCAUUUCAAUGCCAUCCUAGAUGUCGUCUCUGAGUGGAGAAAAGAUAAAACACAACAUCUCGAUGUUCCUCUUGGUGAAAAAAUACAAGAGAUCUAUAAAGCCUUUAUUCAGGAGUCUGGUAUCCAGUUCAGUGAGCUGGAAGAAAAAGUACUACAGUUCCACCUUAGUAAUUUGGAGUAUGCAUGUGGCAGCAAUCUCUCUCAGGUAUCUGCGCGCUCAUGGGACCACAAUGAAUUUUUUGCCCAGUUUGCUGGAGAUCACACUCUUCUAACUGUGGGAUAUUCUACUGUGAUUGACAAACUGGCAGAAGGGCUGGACAUACGGCUGAAUUUCCCAGUGCAGAGUAUUGACUAUUCUGGUGAAGAAGUACAGGUAACUACUGCAGAUGGAACAGUGUGGACAACACAAAAGGUAUUAGUGACUGUACCGCUGGCCCUUCUUCAGAAAAAUGCCAUUCAGUUUAAUCCUCCACUGUCAGAAAAAAAAAUUAAAGCCAUUAAUAGUUUGGGAGCAGGAGUCAUUGAGAAAAUUGCCUUGGAGUUUCCUUAUAGAUUUUGGGACAGUAAAAUUCAAGGAGCUGAUUUUUUUGGUCAUGUUCCACCCAAUUCCAGCCUGCGUGGGCUCUUCAGUGUUUUCUAUGACAUUGAUCCUGAGCGCAAGCAAAGCAUUUUAAUGUCGGUGGUCACUGGAGAUGCUGUGACAACCAUUAAGAAUUUGGAUGAUAAGCAAGUACUGCAACAGUGUAUGACUGUACUUCGAGAGCUGUUUAAGGAGCAGGAAGUUCCUGAUCCAGUGAAGUUUUUCGUUACUCGAUGGAGAGAAGACCCUUGGCUCCAGAUGGCGUACAGCUUUGUGAAAACAGGGGGGACCGGUGAAGCUUAUGACAUUAUAGCUGAAGACAUACAAGGAAAAAUCUUUUUUGCUGGUGAGGCCACAAACAGGCACUUUCCUCAGACCGUUACAGGAGCUUACUUGAGCGGGGUUCGAGAAGCAAGCAAAAUAGCAGCAUUUUAAGUACUGAAACUUUGUGUUUAUUGUUUUCUGUGGGUAAAACUAUCCUCAAGUUUCCUGUUGCUGCCUUUUCCCUAAGUGGUACUGAAAUAGUAUAUGGUACCUGAAGAUAAAAUCUUCAUGUUCCUUUUCCUCUUUCUUCCCCGCCUCCUUUUAAGCCCUGAUGAUUCGUGCUGGGCUUUUUUUCCAGCUAAGGUAUUACUAGCAAGAGUGACAUUGGAGUCCCUGACCACAGCUUAACUAAUGGAACUCUUUUGAGAGUCCUCUUCUGUAUGUCUCAAGUCAUGCUAUUGUAAACCUUCAUCUCAGAAGGUCAGAUUAAAAUACGACUAAGUUAACAUACAGCAUUAUAAAUGCUGGCAGUUAGUAAUGAUGAUGGGGAAAUUCUCUACUAACUGUGCUUCUCAGGUUGAUUAUGGUCAUAGGAGUUCAGCCUUGCUCGAAGAAGUCUGAGCAGCCUAGACAAAUUCCAGAAUUACAGUAGGAAGGAACUCUACUAUAAUUUUUUCCACUUGCAAUCGAUAACCUUUCCUAAAGUUUUUUUAUAUUCUUAUCUUCCACUAAGUGGGCUUUGGAAUAUCAAGUUUGUUCCUUUAAAUCAGACAGCUGGAACAGUUUACAGUGCAAUCAUAGAAAGGUUAUUGUAGCUAAUAAAAACUUGAAAAAUUAACUGUUAUGUUACUUUAAAAAAAUUUCAAAUAUUCUGCUACUUAUUCAGAGAAAUUCUUGUUACAAUACCAGGCUAAAUUUAUAUUUGCUUAGUGCUUCUGAUCAUGUAGAAACAGGACAGCUUAAAAGUACUAUAUUUCUAUGAUUAUUUUGAAAACAAACUUCCAAAUUCAUUUGCACCGGGUAGAGGAACUGCCUACUGAUAUGAGUGCAUGGUGGGGAGUGAAGGGACUGUUAAGUUCCUAACGGCUCAUUCAGCUUUCAUAUUUAAAAAAAUAGAUAAAGAUGAAUGAGGAAAAAUAUUAACACUUUUAUGAAGAGCAGAAUCAAGGUGGCUUGCACUUUGACUUAAUUUUUUUUUAUUAAUAAAGUAUUAUUUAAAACAACUUGAGGGAGAAAUAAAAGAGCUGAGUCCCUCCCUUUUCCAUGAGAAGAAAAUAAAAUAUUUUUCAAUAGUAGCAAGACAGACCAACCAGGAUAUCUAUUGUAAUGCUGUUCCACUAAAAUGGUAUUACUGAAAAAAAAAUAAAUUAAAACCAACUUUUAGAUCUCUGCCCCUGCACCUUCCCUAGAACUUUACUGCAUAGACCUCACAAUUUCUGGACAGAAAGCAAGCACUUAUUCUUCCUCCCCCCUCAUUCCCCUGCAUAAGGAAAGAGCCUAUUUAAUCCUUUCGUUUAAGAAUGACACAGCCAACUUUUUUUGAGUUAGCACUUAUUGCCAUAAAGCUGUAUCCUUGAAAAACAAGCAACCUUAAGAAAAAUCCUACUGAAUAAAUGCAAUUCUUUUUAAUACCUAAUAUUUUGGUUUUUUAGAGUAGCUAUGAUAUUGUUAAAUACCGUUAUUUAAUCUCUAAUCUACAAGGUGAAGAUGUUUAUAUAAUUAGAUGUUUUUCGGAUAUAUAUUGUUCUGCUUCUUAAAGCUGAAUUAUAUGGAUUAAUAGGAAAAGUGUAACUGUUCAUAAUUUUCCUCUACAUAAAUGCUAGUAUGUAAAGUUUUAAAGUAUUUCCAAGUAUUAAAUUGUAAUUUAAAGGCUAUAAGAAGCAAGACAAAAACCUCUGAUGAUAAAAGAUAAUCAGACAGCAGAUUGUGCUUUUGGUAAUCAUUUGCACUUUGUUAAUUUCAUGUAUUACAGGCCAACUUACAGCAAAACUAAGAAAGAUUGAGAGCUACAUGUUUGAGUUCCAAGUUUCUUUCCCGGUUUAUCAUAUAUGACAGAAUUAUUAGGACAGGAGUUCUGAAAGUGGGAUAGAAAAGCUUAUAACUUACAAGCCCAGAACAUUAUAUUCAGUGGCUGCUUCAGCUGACCUUGGUCAAAACUUCAGUCAGCUUAAUAACAACAUACAAACACAUCACAUUUUAGGCAGGAACUGUCUGGAAAGUUGUGCUCAGCAUCUAUUUCUGCAGUCCGAAUUUUGUGUGAAUGAGCUUGAUUUUAGCCACGUGCUUCCAUGCUGUUAUUUUGUACUUUAGAUUUUAAAUCUGUCUACGAUUUUGCCGGUAGACAAAUGCGGACAGAAACGGACACAAAUACUGUCACAUUUGGCUUUAACCACUGCCCCCUUCUUAUACCAUAAAACGCCAAUAACAAAUGAUACAUUUACCAAUGGCCUAGUCAAUGAAUUAUUUGUAUGUUAUUUUGGUGCCAAGGCACUUAAACCGUGUUGUGCUGCACUUAAGUUUGAGGAGUAAAUAAAGAUAAGUAUGUUCCAUUUUAAUUUACUAAUUUACAUUCAUUUGAAAUGUAUAACAACAUCAGGCUGGUUCUGAGACUUCAUUCUUUAAUUAAUGUUCCUCAAAAAUUUUUUUAAUACCUAUAUUGAAAUUUAUUUCAAGCAUGUAUGUGUUUGUUUUAUUUUGUGUUUAAUUUAUUCCCUGCAAAUAAAGAACUGGGGAAUGUUUUCUUUAAAUAAAUCUGUUUAAAUGUUACUAAAGGUGUUUGAAUGCAGAGCAUAAUCUGAUACACUUCAGCUCUUCAGUGUGAUUAUGUUAUGGCAGCAGAAUAAAACUGGAAAGUAUGCACAGGAUGCUCACUUUUUUUUUUUCCUUUAAAUUUAACUAAAGGUUAAGCUACUUUUUUGUUACCUUUGAUGCUGAUUUUUUGUUUCAUAUUCCUACAACUAGACCAUUCCUCAGAAGUGCUGGUCUCCAGCCUUCUCUAAGCACUAACUUUCCUGUUAUGUAGAGAAUACCAUAACAGGCAGUGUCUUUUGCCUCGAAGGAUUACAAAGAAUUCAUAAGCUUGUAUCAGCUAAAUUUCCCCUAGCUAAGGAAAAUAAAGCUAAAGUGCUAAUUAGUUAGAAGCAUUGCCUGCAAUUUUAAAAUAGCCAGGAAAAAAAUCACCAAUCACUUAAUGCUUUUCCCUGAAUAACUGUAUCAUAAACGCUUUGUAAGACUGAGGUCCUGAAAGAUUCCUACGGCACAGAUCACUGUAAGCAUGUGCAAGCCUGACUACAUACCCAAAACAUUUAAAAUACAAACUAUGAAAAAUUCUGGUAACACUUACCUACACUGUUGGAUGAGAAGUUAGCUGUUCAGUUAGUCAAGUCCUACUCCCUUUGAAAGUUUAUUUCAACCAACAACACAUGUAGGUCCAAACCAGUUAAAGAAUUACUUUGUUGAAGAUUCACUGGUUUCCCCUAACCCUGUCAUACUCAAUUAGUAGUUUAAAGUUUGUCUUCCAAGAACGUGCUUUGUUCUCCUAAUGGUAACUCCCUGCAGGAAUUUCCUUUCAUUAUAGCCAACACUGGUCUUGAAAAAUGUUACUAACGGUCUUCAAAAUGGAAACAAAAUACUAAUGCUCCUUUUAAAAUGAAGUACAAAUCAGUAUAUUUCAUCAUCCUCCUCCAAAGAAUGACAACCCUUCAAGAAAACAGUUGGUGUAAAGGAGAUUUUUGCUUUCCUGAUGAAAAACUUAAAAUCAGAAAUAAAAGUGAACUAGCGAGUUUAUGGCUGAAUGCAGUCCGGUGAACUAGGUCAACUCAAAAAAGCACAGAAAAUUAAGUAAUAUUGCUGUCCUCUUAUCCCCAGGAUCUCUAGAGACCAUGUGAUUUAAGCCUCUACUCAGAACAGGGCCCUUCCAAGCUGAGUUCUGAACAUCUCCAACAACAGGGAUUCCACAACUGAUCCAGGCCCAAGCUCUGGGUGACCACCAGCAUGGUGAAGCCCUUAAUCCCCUGCCAUGUACUUGUAAUGUCCCUGGGGGUAGCUUGUGUCUGUCAACUCCCAUCCUCUCACUGUGCACCUCCAAGCAGAGCCUAGACCUGCCCUCCCCUUCCUCUCCCAUCUGGCAGUUGCAGACUACUCUGUGAUCCCCCUUUAUUUGUCUCUUCCUAAGGCUGAACAAGCCCAACUCCCUCUACAUCCUCCCCCCUCCCCAGCCAUCUGGCAGACCCUCCACUGGACUCGCUCCAUUGUCCUGCACCAGGGAGCCCAAAGCUGGACACGGCACUCCCGAGGCAGGCUCACAAGUAUUGAAUGGGGGGUCCUCAUCACUUCCCUCAGCCUGCCAGCUACACACUUGCUCACACAGCCCAGAGUGGUGUCAGUGUUCCUUAUCACAAGGGCACACCACUGAAUUGGGUUCAACUCCUUAUUUGUGAGAGCCACCCACCCCUACACACAUCCUUUUCUGCAAAGCCACUUAGAAAGAAACCACUCUCCCCACCAGCAAUGUUCUACAGGGUUAUUCCAUUCCAAAAGCAAGAAGGUUGUAUAUUGCAUUUGCUUUUUGUUGACUUUUAUGAUAUUCCUUUCAGCCUGUUUCUCCUGCAAGUCAAGAUCUUAUCUGAAUGAACUUUUAGACCUACAACUUCCAGCUACUUGCUUUAAUAAAUAACUCUGAAUUCAAAGGCAGGAGAGACGUUUCUCUGCAAAGGGAAAAUAACACACUUGUUACCAUUCAAGAUGUUUCCUAACUAUUUUCUGCAAUAAACACUGAUUUUACUAGAUUUCUUAUUGCAAAUUUUCAGACAGUAUUCUGGUGCCUUAGAGGUUUUUCCACUGUUCUCCCUAAAUAACGGGAACUAAAAUAACAACCACCAGAAGUGAUUUCUGGAAUGUUUUCACCUAGCUCAGUUGAUGCUACUUGAUUAUAGUCAACUUUCUCAUUUGGAAACAGGAAUAAUUUUGUCUAUCCAAGUGCUCAUGAGCCACCCUCUCACUGAAACAGCAAUGGAGCUAAUAAAUCUCAUUGGAAUCACCACGCUGUCUGCCAGGGGCAUUACUUGGGCUUAUUUUUAAAAAGGGUUAUUUUGAAGUCCAGCUUAGCAGCGGAUAAUCUAAACCCAUCCAUAGAUCUUGCUUUGUCAUGUGCCUUGUAACAGGAUAAUGCGGAAAGAACACAGGUGCUAUAAGGAGCCUGUUUAGGUUCAAGAAGGCUAUAAGUCAUUUUAUUUACCUUUUAGUAUUGUCUUGAAGCCUUUUCCCGAGUUGUAGAAAUAACUGGAAUCUUGUAUCAGCUGAGGCUAGACUAGUAAGGAUUAGCAGGGAAACAGUUCAGACAUUUCUUCUAUGUUGAGGACUACAUUGAUUUGUAGUUAAGAGAUUUAAACAAAGUAUAUGGAGGAUGCUGAAUUCAUUUCCAUUACAUCUGCACAAUUCCAAAGUGGCAAGUAAUGCUUAGAUACAAUAAACAGAAAUACACCAUCCUUUUCUAAGUUUUCAUUAAAAUUUACACUCUAAAUAAAUGUUUGUACAUGGGAGUCACUUAUCUUAAAAACACUUCUGGCCCAUAUAAUUAAAACCAGCUGGUAUAUUUACAUAAAAAUCACAAGGCAGUUCAAGUAUUUGUAGAAAAAUUCAUCUGAAAACCCAAUAAAACUUGACACAAGUAAGUUUCCGCUUAUAAGCAGGACUUAAAAGUGUUAUUUAUACUUCAGUAUAAAUACUUCAGUUCAGAGAGAAAAAAACCAAACCCAAACCAACCUCACAGAAGAUACAAAAUCUUAUCCAGCUGCAAGGACAUACAUUUCAACAAUAGUACCUGUAUAGUAGAGAAGCUUGCUGGAUCAGGUUUAAAUAGUUUCUACCAGAUGAGAUAAAGACAACCACCUUGUUUCAGUAUAGAUUUUUUUUUUUACUAUAUACAUUUAAGCAAAUGUUAGAUCAUCAAAAUUUAUUUACAUUUUUGUGAAAGACAUUUAUUGAAUACAAAACCCCGCAUUACAUUCAGCCUUAUUAUAAAUGAUUACACGCAAAGAAAUUAAAAAAGUGUGUGUAGAUUAAUAGUUUAACUGGCUGAACUUUUUCAAUCAUUUACGAACCCUUAACUUCUCAACUGUACAACAAUAAAAUCAAAAAAAUAUGUUUUGUCUUUCCAACAAUACUACAGUCAGAGGGAUUCUGUGCUCAUGGUGUUUAAAGGCAGCCCACACUUUGGCAACUAUUAGCUUAAUUUCAAGCGCAGGACUUUCCGUAUUGGGUGUAUGGAGAACACACAAAACAACAAAAAUCUAUGCAAAGAUUUCACUUUGAUCUGAAAAGCUGUGGGCCAAAUUUCAAGACUCCAGGCUUAUAAGUACCAUUGUCAAUGUUGAGGCACCAGGGUUCAGGUUCACAAGAGCUUUCCCAUACAGAAGAGAGCUUAACCACAAAAGUCAGCACUGCCUGAUUCAGAAGCCCCAUUGUGAAUUUCCAAAGCAGUCGGGCCUCCUUACCUUUGAUAUUCACCUCUGGGAUGCUAGGCCAUCAAGUUUAGAUACUGAAGUAAUAGAUUUUUGCAAAGUGAACCUUAGAAAUUUUCCUACAGACUUUGGAGGGAUUUAAUUUACUAUAUCAAGCCAUUGAAACAGAUGUGUCAUUUUUACAAACUUAAAUGCUGAAAAGCUGAAGUAUAAAACUACAGUUCAGUUUCUGUACAAGGUAAGAUAGGACAAACAUUGCAAAACC